AGCAAACUCCAAGCCCCUCUUUGUCUUGUGAGGAGCAGCCCUCUCCCUCUCAUCUCCUCCUCCCUUCAAUUAUAUUCUCUCUUACAUACUUUCCCCAUAAAUAUAUAUAACUAUACUAGAGGAAUCCAAUCAUCCACAAUGGAGAAACUUAAAUGUAGCAAGUUCCUCGACAACGCAAAGCCCUACUUCGCUAUGAUCUCCCUUCAGUUCGGGUAUGCCGGGAUGAACAUCAUCACCAAAGUAUCCCUCAACCGAGGGAUGAGCCACUAUGUGCUGGUCGUCUAUCGCCACGCCUUUGCAACCGCUGUCAUUGCCCCCUUUGCCAUCAUCUUUGAGAGGAAAAAACAACCGAGGAUCACCUUCCCAGUGUUCAUGCAAAUAUUCAUCCUUGCUCUUCUAGGGCCGGUGAUAGACCAAAACUUUUACUAUGCGGGUUUGAAGUUCACUUCGCCAACUUUCUCUUGCGCGAUGAGCAACAUGCUUCCUGCUAUGACCUUUAUCAUGGCCGUGAUAUUCCGGAUGGAAAAAGUGGACCUGAAGCGGGUGAAAUGCCAAGCGAAGGUUAUUGGCACCGUGGUGACAGUGGCAGGAGCGAUGCUGAUGACGCUGUACAAGGGCCCGCUGGUGGAAAUGGUGUGGUCGAAGUACGUCCAUCCUCGUAAGUCCUAUGUUACCGACACCACUGGCACCUCCGACAAGCACUGGUUCCUCGGCUCCAUCCUCCUCAUCAUCGCCACCCUCGCAUGGGCAUCCCUCUUCGUCCUUCAAACCAAGGCCCUAGAGACCUACAGGAACCACCAGCUCUCCCUGACAUCCCUAGUGUGCUUCGUGGGGACCCUUCAAGCGAUGGCUGUCACCUUUGCGAUGGAGCACAAGACCGGUGUGUGGAAAAUUGGCUGGGACAUGAACCUGCUCGCUGCUGCCUACGCUGGAAUCGUGACGUCGAGCAUAUCAUACUAUGUGCAAGGACUAGUGAUCAAGAAAAGAGGGCCCGUGUUCGCAACCGCUUUCAGCCCUCUGAUGAUGAUCGUCGUGGCAAUCAUGGGAUCUUUCAUCCUUGCUGAAAAAAUCUACCUUGGAGGAGUUAUUGGAGCAAUCUUAAUAGUGAUAGGGCUGUACUCAGUGCUGUGGGGGAAGCACAAAGAGAAGCAGGAGGAGGAGAUGAUGAUGAUGGAGGAACUCCCUGAAACUGUGAAGGGCAAUUCUGUCCAAGAAAACGGGAACCUGAUCGAGGAUGCUGAAGUGAACAAACUAUCAGCUGUUGUGAUCAGCAUGCCAAUCCCGGAACCACCCCUCAAACCUAACCAAAUGUCCAAGGAAUGAUAAGCGGGAGGGAGGGGUAUUUUAGUCUUUUUGUCCCCCAUUUUUCAUCCCAACCUUCCUAAUAUUGCCCCCAUCCUCUCUUUUUUGCCCUUCUUCUUUUCCUUGUAUCUUUUAUCCCUUUUUUUUUUGGUGGGUUUUAUAUGGAGCUUUUAUAUGUGGUAAACAGGGAAGCUACAUGUACUACGAAUUAAUUAAAGACCCUCUGUACUAUAUGCUAUUGAUAUUCGAGGGAAUCUGAGAAUCUCUUUUUCUC